AUGACUGGACGCCACGGAUAUGAUGCACGCCCGGAGCGUCAAAAUGAGUAUUUCAUUCCCGGCGAUGGUAUCAGCCGGGAAGUCAUCCAAGCAGACAUUUGCCGCUACCUUGGAAAUGAUGCGCUCGUAAGACCUGGAAACCAUAAUGGUCGUCAGGGAUUUUUCAUUCGUGCCUACCGGAAUCUCACAUCUGAAAUGAUUGCUGAUCUCAAGGCCGACUCUGCUCGCUGGGAGGCAGAUGUGUCGCGUCGGGCUGACCAAGGCUAUCCCCGAGGCAGCUAUAUCCAACAAGACUACAGCAUCUCACAGCCCCCUCCAGUUUCAGCAAGCUACUCGGGCUCUGCGAUGCAUGAAGGGCGCCCGCAGCCAGGACCAUCUCCUCCCACUUACAGUGUUCCCCCUGCUCAGCCACCAUACAUGGACUAUCCCCAGAGCCACCCAUACAGUGCGACCCAGAGUCCACCGUACCCAACUCAACCUACCUACCCAACCAGUCACUCGCCCUUUGGAUCAAGUCAGAAUACCUACCCUCCCCAGAUUCCCUACUCUGCUCCAAGCCAGCCGGCAGUCACUGCUGAUAUGCACCCAACAUACACAUACACGAGCAACGCGCCUUAUGCCUACGAUGCUGGGAGAAACAACGCCCCUAGAUAUACUGGGCCUGGUUAUGAUGCCGAGCCAGACUAUUCCCCUGUGACCUCUGGAAUGCCUUACCCUGCCACUACAGCCCCAGACCCCCGGAUAGGAAUGGACCCUAGAUAUACUCCCGACUCGGCAACAUACCCUGACCGCAACCCUAGGCCACAACCGGCCAGAGAGACCCAGCCUCGCCGGCCUCGGUAG